AUGGAUUCAGACAUAGGACAUGUAAUUAAGUGGAUGAAAAGUGGUAAUGAAAGACGACAGUGGUCCCAAGUGUCAGCUCUUAGCGAAGUGACGAAGAAUUGCUGGGCACAAUGGGACAGUUUGUGUUUACGAAAUGAUAUUUUGUGUCGAAAGUGGGAAUCAUCGGACGGUACGACAACACGACUUCAGCUCGUGUUACCGAAAGCUUUACGAGAGGAAGUUUUAAUGCAUCAUCACAAUCACCCGACCAGAGGACAUUUUGGAGUAAAAAAACGCUGGAAAGAGUAAAGGAGAGAUUCUACUGGCCUCGUUGUCGCGAAGAUGUAACACUAUGGUGUUCUACUUGUUCGGAAUGUUCUUCACGUAAAGGUCCAGUGACACGACAGAAAGCUCGUCUAGGAAAGUAUGUCGUUGGCGCGCCAUUGGAGAGGGUUGCAAUCGAUGUAAUAGGUCCUCUGGUUCGAUCUACGAAAGGUAAUCGCUACUUACUAGUGGUCAUGGAUUAUUUUUCCAAGUGGCCGGAAGCAUAUGCUUUGCCAAAUCAAGAGGCAAAAACAGUUGCUACGGUUAUAGUAAAUGAGUUUGUAUGCCGAUUUGGAGUUCCACUCGAACUGCACUCUGAUCAGGGAACGAAUUUUGAGUCAGCCGUGUUUCAGGAAAUGUGUUCGUUACUUGGUAUUAAGAAAACUCGAACUACACCUCUCCAUCCGGAAUCAGACGGAAUGGUUGAGCGUUACAAUAGAACAUUAAAGACUCAGCUUUCCUUGUUUGUUGCCGAACAUCAAAAAGACUGGGAUAAGUAUGUACCACUACUUCUCAUGGCGUAUCGAACGGCAACUCAUGCUUCUACGCAUUUUACCCCCGCGCGACUAAUGAUGGGACGAGAAAUUAGAACCCCAAUUGAUUUAGUUUAUGAACGACCCGAUCCGGAAGUUCUUGAAAGUUACUCUACCUACGUUCGAGAACUGCAAGAAAAUUUGCAAGUGACACAUGACUUCGCUCGAAAGUAUAUUGAACAAAGCUUUGAGUCGAUGAGAAAACGUUAUGACGUGGACAGUUCGGCAUGUAUAUUUAACGAAGGUGAUCAAGUUUGGUUGUAUAAUCCCCGCAAGAAGAAAGGAAGAAGCGUAAAGUUAAUGCGACCUUGGGAAGGACCGUACGUUGUCAAUAAACGGUUGAACGAUCUUGUUUAUAGAAUUCAGCGAGGCAGGAAUGGAAAACUAAAGGUGAUUCAUCGGAAUCGUUUGUGGGCGUAUCGCGGUGAUCAGUCAGAACUUUGGAAUUCGGAGGCGGACAGUUAGACUUAGAAAGUGCAUGCACCAUCAUUGGGACAAUUCGAUGGUUUAGUUGGGGGCGAUGUUGGGAAUACGGCAGCAUGGUUGACUGGCUAUUGUAUUUGUAAUUUGUAUUGUGUAAUUGUAUUGUGUUUGUAAAUGUAUUGUUCUGUACUGUGUAGGCGUAAUGCAAAUCAGGCUCUAUAUAAGCCCGAGUCUAAUAAACAAGUGUAGAUAUAUUUUGUGAUGUGAUAUUUUGGAAGAAUUGUAUGUGUUUUUGAGACGACUGUUUUUCGAUUGAUCGAUAGAAUAUCGCGGCGGAACGCGACAAUAUGUUCAAAAAUCACGUUCAUCGUAUUCAUCGCCAGUGGUCUGUGUCAGAAAAAAAGAUGGGAACAUUCGGCUAUGCGUGGAUUACAGACAACUAAACAAGAAGACAGUACCUGAUAGACAUCCAUUACCAAGAGUGCAAGCGACGCUCGAAAGCCUUGGUUGUAACAAAUUGUUCAAAGUGUUAGAUCAGGGGAAGGCCUAUCAUCAAGGUUAUAUAGAUCCUGAAAGUCGACACAAAACUUCUUUUAUCACCCCGUGGGGUUUAUUCGAGUCGGUUCGCAUACCGUUUGCAUGGGCUUAGAAAUACACACGGAGAAUUCCAAAGGUUUAUGGAACACUGCCUAGGGGUCUCAAAAAGGACAUUUGCAUCCCAUAUUUAGAUGACAUUAUUAUAUUUAGUAAAACAUUUGAUGAACACGUUGAGCAUGUCCGUUUGGUUAUGCAACGAUUACGUGCCAAUGGAAUUAAGUUAAAACCAGAAAAGUGCAAUUUCUUUCAAAGGGAAUUUAACUAUUUGGGACAGAUUGUGUCAGCGGAGUGGUACAGACUCGACCCAGGAAAGACUGAAGCAGUAAGAGCAUUAAAGGACUCAGAACCGAAGACAAUUGGCGAAUAACGGAAACUUCUGGGACUUCUCGGCUACUAUCGGAGAUAUAUUAAGGACUUUGCACGAAUCGCAAGACCACUAUUCGAUUUGUUACAAGCUCCACCUAAUAUGAAUUCUAACUCGAGUAAUGUGAAAAACAGUGUACUAUCAUCGCAACCAAUUCAGUGGCAAAGCCAACACCAGAAUGCUCUCAGUGAACUUCUUGAUUGUCUCAUCCUGGGUUACCCAGAUUAUAGUCAACCAGAUGCAUCACUUCAGGGACUUGGCGCUGUGUUGUAUCAAAUGUAAAAGGGAAAGAUGCGAGUAAUCGGGUAUGGUUCGAGAUCCCUAAGCCCUGCAGAAAGAAGGUACCAUGCUGGAAAGUUAGAAUUCUUAGCCUUAAAGUUGGCUGUCUGCGAACACUUUCGAGACAUUUUAUACUAUGCCCCGAACUUUACGAUCUAUACGGAUAAUAAUCCAUUAACAUACAUACUGUCAACAGCUAAAUUAAAUGCAACGGGUCAUCGUUGGGUGUCCGAACUCGCGGAUUUCACAUUCGACAUAAAGUAUCGCCCGGGGCGUAAUAACCAAACCGCCCGAGUCGUAAUAACCAAGAUGCAGAUGCUUUGUCAAGGAUGCCUGUAGACUUGGCAAAUUAGCGAAAAAUGUGCACGGAGGAGGUACCUAUAGUGAAAACAUCAAGGCUGUAAUUACGGGUAUUACCGCACAGCAAUAUGGAAACGCUACAUGGGUUACAGCUCUAACACUCGACGAAGUUCUCCCGGAUAUCGAUUUUCUAACUAACGAUGAGUGUAGAGUAAUGAUGUAAUUCUCAAGGCACAAAAAGAAGAUCUGUCGAUCGGUAAGGAACGAGCAUUUAUGCUCGAGGGGCGCCUCCCAUCCAUUCAGGAUGCGAAAAAUGAACUACCCAAUACCAAGAGACCCUGUUGCAGCAAUGGCAUAAACUUAAGAUUGGAAAGGACGGAUUACUACGUCGCGAAAGCGGCCCAUACACACAACUCGUUUUGCCAAGAAAAUUUCUCCCUACGGUUUACAAAGAACUGCACCAGGAUAUGCGACAUUUAGGAGCGGAGAGAGUGGUACAAUUAGUGAGAGAAAGAUUCUAUUGGCCUAAUAUGGACCGCGAAAUAACACAUUUUGUUACUAAUGUUUGCGGUUGUCUCAAACAACGUAGACCCGCUCGACCAACAUGUGCGCCACUAUGUAGUAUAACAACGUGUUCCCCGUUCGAAUUGAUAUCAAUCGAUUACAUGCAUCUCGAGAAAAGUUCUGGCGGAUAUGAAUACAUAUUGGUUAUCGUCGAUCAUUUCACUCGCUUUGCACAAGCAUAUCCGACUAGAAAUAAAUCGAGUACAACCGCAGCAGAGAAACUUUAUCCUUCGGUUUGGUUUCCCUGCUCAUAUACUACAUGAUCAAGGUAGAGAAUUUGAAAACAAUCUAUUCCAUCAGUUAGAAAAGCUCACUGGAAUUCGUCGACGUCGAACAACACCUUACCAUCCUCAGGCCAACGGUAAGGCUGAACGGAAUCGAACGUUACUGGCUAUGCAGUGGCGGAAACUUUGCGAAAUUUUGGGGGGGCGAGUGCCGAAGGCACGAGUUUUUUAGGGGGGUCUGGUAGCAUGGCCCCCCAGAAAAUUUUUAAAAUUUGGACCCCUGAAAUGGCAUUUGCAGCAUUCUGAGAGCGCAUUUUGUAAGAAAUUCCAGGUUUUCAAAACAUUAAGUUAAUGGUGAAUUUUGGUUUAAAUCAUGUGGUAAACAUAAAAAACCGGUAAUCUGAACUUGCAGUACGUAAUAAAUAUCUAAACCAGAGAAGUGAAAGAACACCUGAAAAUUACUACCUAUAGAAUUAGAUACUGUAUAGUCCGUAGUAAAUUUGAUACAAUUAAUUGCUAUUGUUUUAUGAACACUCGGGAAAAUACUCUAUAUUAUAUAUGCAUGUAUAUCAUAAAUUUAAGAGCCUAUAUACUGCCGUAACUGGACACGAUUAAGGUUACAUCAUUAGAAGCUACUGUUUUAGCCAAAAUUCACCACCUUUUAAACAUUGUGGUCAAAUUUGGGACGAAUCGGAUAAAACGCUCUGUAGUUAAUUUAAACUCUUUUUUGUCGAGGAGAUUGGGUAAUUUUGCUUUGUCUUCAAACGACCAUAUAAGAUUUGGCGAUUUCUGUCAUUUUAUCCGCCCCCAAUGUUAAUCCACUUGUGGCCAAACCACAAAAUGUGAACUUUGCUGGUGUCAAAUAUCAAGGUGUGGGAUUCACUAAAGUAUAAGUUGUUGUUCGGAGGCAUAUAUCAUUGCGACAACAUUAGAGAGCUUAUAAUAUAGUAUUUACAGAAUCUCUCGAAGUUCAAGCUAUGCGCGAUGUUGGCUUCGGUGACUUUUCUACUGCGUUUGCGUUUUGGCUUAGACCGUUCCUUACUAAUUGUAUUUAAUCGCAAGAGGUCAGACUGACAAUUCGAGUCAAUCAUAAUUACAUGUUUCGCGCGAAGCUAUUCAGUGGUCAUAGCAUGUUCUCCUAUAUCUCGGUCGCUUUUUAACAUUUUCUUUAAAAAGUUGCUGGAAUUGAGAGAUAUAUCAUUACUUAUUAUAAAUAUGUAAGUCUCAUCAUAUAAUAUAACUUUAAGCUUAGUCAUGGGAUGUAAAUUAAUUUGCUUAGUCAUAUUGUAUUAGCGUAUUGCAUCAGAAAUGUCAUGCAGUCAUAGUUCUAUUUUUCGAAAUUAGGUCAUAAUUCAGUCACGCCUACAGUACCUGUUAGUAUAAAAAGCUAACCGCAAGCAUGCAUUAUUCAUAAGACUAAAGUCUACAGACCGUAAAUUGUAUAAUUGUGAAUCUUUUGAAGAAUAAAAUAAGAAAUCAAUUUUCCAAUAUAUUUUUUAAACUUAUCGAAUAUCGUAAGUCAAAUUUUUAUUGUGAAAAGUGUAUUGUUGAGACGGGUAAAACAGUGAUAAGAGGCGCUCUUCAAAAACAUGAAGAGGUCUGCAAAUCGCACAAUAACUUCAUAUUUCGCUAAAAUAGCAAACCAUGAAGUAACCAACGAAUCAGAUGCAGCAUCAUCAACAACUGGAGCUGUGGCAACCACAACAGUAAACGAAGAAGAUGGCGCUCACGUCAGGACUACUGGAGACAACAAUACAGCGUUGAGUUGUCCAGUCCCGUCAACAUCUGGUGCAGUUACUCCGUUGACUCCUUCAGUAUGUAUUGUUCAGCCGCCACAAGUGGGAGUUUGUCCAGCUCAUCUAGACUCCGCAGUGAGUGAUCUUGGAACUUUGGUCGAUGGGCCCUCACAACCAAACCUUGGGUCCUAUCCGAGAAACCAGAAGAAUCGUUGUUUUCGAGCAGCCUGGUAUACAAGCUACCUGUGGCUUGAAUACAGCAUUGCAAAAGACAAAGCAUUUUGUUUUGCGUGCAGGAAUUUUAGCACAUCGACGUGCAAGAGCGACCCAGCAUUCACUGAAGUUGGUUUUUCUAAGUGGUCAAAGGCGAUGGAAAAUAAUCGCGGAUUUAAAGCACAUGACAAAUGCUCCGAUCACCUCCUUUCCAUGGCUCGUUGGGAAAGUUACAACAUCCAGAAAAAGAAUCCAGGGGCUAGUAUUAGAAAUAUGUUAGACCCUGAAAGACCGUCUGUAGUGGAAAAUAAUCGAGAAUACAUGAAGACGCUGUUGGAAUAUCAUCGGUACUUUUGUUCUGAAGAGAUGGCGUAUAGAGGACAUGAUGAAACUGAUGAGUCGCUCAAUGCAGGAAAGUGGAAAGAAUUUAUCAAGGCAAUGCUACGCACUAACCCAACAUUCAAUCAACUGCAUAGUAGGUUGACUCAAACGUACAAAGUAUACGACUACACAUCAAAGGGAUCUUCGCUCGAGUUGAUAAGAGCCAUGGCUUCUGAGGUUCGACAUCUGAUCGAGGAACAGAUAGACAAAACGGGGAUGUAUUCAAUGCUCAUCGAUGAGUGCAAAGAUAAUGCGGGGCAUGAAGAGCUAUCGACUUGUUUUAGGUUUGUAAAUGACGAAGGACGAAUCGAAGAACGAUAUUAUGAUCUUGUUAGACUUAAAGAGACUGAUGCCGAAACCAUUGUGAAUGAAGGAGUUUUGCCAACAAGUAAAAAACUGAGCUUGUCGGCCACUCUCCUUGCACUUGGAGCAGAUGGCGCAUCUGUUAUGAGCGGAUGUUACGAAGGCGUUGCUGCUAAACUGAAGAGAUAUUAUCCUUGGUUGAUUUAUGUUCACUGUGCUGCGCACCGUCUGAAUUUGAUUGUAGCGGCUUAUUUUCGUACAGUCAAUGAAGCAUGUAGUGUAAUAAAUGUCUACAAGGCUUUGCACAUCAUUUUCAACGUCGCUGGCAACAGAGAAAUAUUCGAAGCUGUUCAAAAGGAGCUUUAUCCGAAACAGCCCAUAAUGGCGGCUUCCUCCCUUACAGAAGUUCGAUGGGCUUGUAAGUUUGAAGGUGUUAAUACAAUGGUUAAAAGACUUAAAGCGAUUCUCGUAAGCCUUCAAAAGAUCGGCGCUUCAAAUUCGAACCAAGCCGAUUCAGCAGCGGGACUCUACCACAAGAUUCUCUCGGGAAAAUUUGUAAUUUCCCUAUGCUUUUCAAUAAUGCAUGGAUUAAGUAAGGCUAUGCAAGAGACCAAUGUCAAAUGGCUAAACAUAGCCAAUGAAAUGGUGGCUGUAAAGAAGCUUCUUGUUGAGAUUGAAACCAACGAUAUCAUUGAAUCGGCCAAACAGCUAUGUGCAACUGUGAACAUCACCUUGGACUACGAGGAACCCGUGUAUGUUUCCAGACAAGUUUCCAGACAAGAUUCCACAGAAUCUGCAUGCCCUCGCGAGUUCUGUGAACGUCUCAGCCCAGCUUCUGUUCCCAUGCUCCUCCAAGAGUUGGAACGACGUUUCUCUGGCGACAAUACCGAGGUACUGGCUGCUCUGGAGGCUUUAGAUGCGUCAAAAUCGACCUACCUAGAUUAUGCGACCCUAUCCAGUCUCGUUGCCAAAUUUGGAGAUUGUCUCCAUAUUGACUCUACCUUGCUUAAAACCGAGUGCGAACGGGCGAAGAUUCUAAUUGCUACCGGAAAGAACAUCGAUCCUGAACUGUACCCCAACUUAUCCAAGGUGAUUGCUAUAUCAAAGACCUUGCCAGUUGGUACUGCAACCGUGGAAAGAAGCUUCAGUGCUAUGAAUCGGAUAUUGAGCUGGGCUCGUAAUAGCUUAGACAGUUCGUUGGCCAGUGACUUUAUGUUGCUAUCCAUGAAUAAAGACCUGUUAAAAAGAAUAAACUUGGACAAAGUGCUUGAUCGAUGGGUAAAUCAAAAAUCCCGAAUCGUACAGUUUAA